CGCGUGUUUCCAGACGCGUCGUCGCGUCGAACACGCAUUGGCCCCACACAAUCACUACACAAUCACCACACUGGUAAGUUGUGAUCACUAGAAGCUUCGCCUCAAUGCUCUCCAUGGAAUUGGAUACGUGCCAUUGAGCUACCGUUGAUUACAGUGUCUCCAAAUCGACAUUUGACCAUGGAUCUUGAAUCCACACAAGCAUCUCCACGCCGGUCCUCGCGAAAGCGAGAACGUACUGCAGAGAACUUAGAAUCGCAUGUAGCUAAGAGUCAGACAUACAAGGGACCGUAUGUGGUCAUACCUGCAAAAAAGCGCCGAGUUGUCGAGCGUCAGGAUACGGACUCAACAAGCGCUCAAGGAGGAUUCACCACAGUAUCACAAAGGCCGACCGGCACAUCCACAUUGACUCAUGAAGAUCCCGUGCCGCCAGAUUGCUGUGCCGUAUGCCGCCGACAUGGAGGCAAUUACGCAUGGGACUGCGUGUAUGAAGACUCAUCUGGUAGGUGUACGAAAUGCAUAGCGCAGAAGUACAAGUGCAGACCGGCGACAGUUGAAGAAAUCGCCAAACUUGAUGCACGAUGUUCGCAAUGCAAGCAGAGGGGUCUCACCACCUGUUGGUACGAGAGCGGAAACGCUUUUUGCCAGCCCUGUAUCAAACGGGGCAAACAAUGCGGCGCGCCCGCCAAACGAACCGCCAACGCCAGAGACCGUCCUUCUUUGGGAGAACCCGGAUAUCAAUCUAACACUUUGUCAGAUCAACAAGUCUCUGACGGUGACGAACUUGUUGGAUCAGCGAACCAGAGACUACCGAUCACACCCGUUCAUUCCUCGAGUGAAGGGGAAACCAAACAGGCAUCGACCAUAAUAGAACGGUCGGCAUUGAGGGAAGGUCGGAAGUCCCGGAAUCUUGGCCCCGGUCGUAAAAGCACAACAGAUACCCACCUUGCUCGUACGGUGGCAAAAGAUGAUGGCAAUGGUAUAACGGUUGAUCGUGGUACCUCACUGCCGAAUGAUUCACUCUUGCGUGGCUCUGGAGGGACGUCUGGUAAAAGGAGGAAUCCGGCUCUGCAUCCAAUGGUUCAAGAGCCAACUCCAGAUGACUCUGCUGCGGAAGAACUGGUCUCUCUCUCUGCAGAUCUCGACAUGAAUGAUGAUGAUUCAGCUGAUCAACGGUUGAUCAUGGAGAGCAACAACGCUGCAGCAUCAUCGCCUGAUCCGACAACCGAACCCGAGGCAGAAAACGGUAACAUCGUGCAUGCGGUGAGCCCGGGCCCUAGUCGCUCAGACAAUGAGAGUGUCGGCUUGCGCCGCCGUCGCAUUCCGCUGGAAGAUGCAUACUCAUCCCGUCCUCGCCGGAAUCACAGUAGGCCAUCAUACGUGGAGUACGCGCUGAGUGACGCUUCGAAUCAAGAAGAUGUGAAUGGCAGCGACGACGACGAUAAAGAUGAAGACGAAGACGAAGAUGACGUGUGGGAUCCUCCCGCUGUAGAGGACGAGAGUGAGGUUGAUGAAGACGAAGACGAAGGCGAAGACGAAGAGCUCGGUGCGGCUGUAGACAGCUCAUCAGAGGAGACUGAGGACUAUGAGGCUAUGGAGAUUGUAGACGACGAUCCGGAACUUGUGACUGCUUCAAGACGAAAUCCUCAGCCCAACAAGCUGACACCCGGUAAAGGCAUCGAUCUCAGCCUUCCCCCUUUGGAUAACAUACUGGAUAUCACCGCGGAUAUGGCUUCUAAAGCCAUAGAGCUUGGCAUAGGUGACGUGCUACAGGCCUUGAAAGGGCGGCCGAUCAACGUCGCAACUAUGUGCUCUGGCACAGAGUCUCCGCUUCUCUUCCUGCAGAUGUUGGCAGAAGCCCUCGACGACAUGGGCGAGCCAUCUCUGCACGUCAAACAUCAGUUUAGCGCGGAAAUUGAUGCGGUCAAACAGGCGUAUAUCGAACGUAACUUCCACCCACCUAUUCUUUUCAGAGAUGUCCGACAAUUAGGUGACGAGUCUGCUACUACAGCGACUACAGCUUAUGGAUCAGAAGAACACAUUCCAGGUGAUAUCGACAUUCUCAUUGCUGGAUUUGUGUGUAAGGAUUUGUCUGCUCUCAAUAGCAAGAAGAAGACAGUAGAUGACCAGGGCGAAACCGGCGACACCUGGAGAGCAAUAUACCACUACGCCAAACAUUUUCAGCCGAGUAUUGUCUUACUGGAGAAUGUCAAGAGCGACAAGAAAAUGUGGGAUGACGUAGUCUCCAGAUGGUCGAAAAUCGGCUACGAGGCUGGCUGGGUGUAUCGCGAUACUAAAAAUCACUACCUACCGCAAACUCGCGAAAGGAUGUACAUGGUCGCGAUCAACCGUAAAUUGCACGGAAAGAAUGUCAGCAUCGCUGUCACCCAAUGGCAGUCUACAAUGGAGAAACUCCAGCGUCAAUGUAGCAGUCCAUACGAGGCCUUCCUCGCCAACCUACCUGUCAGUGUGAUCGAUCAUUCUACACUAUCAUCCGAACCCGAUUGGAGCCUGUGUAAAUUGAGAUACGAUCAAAUUCGGUCCGAACAACGACUAGGAACUCGACGUCCGAUCACACACUGGAACGAGAGUGGCACCUUGCACCCACCCGACUACGCCAACCGCAAAUGGUACGACUCACAGUCGUCGAGGGUGUACGAUGCCAUAGACGUUGCUCACCUCCAGGCUGCCCAGCAGGAGGGUCACGAUUCCAUGUAUAAAAUGAAGAUUUGGGACGUGAGCCAGAACGUUGACCGCUUCAAGACAAGCAAGGGUCUGACGCCCUGUAUUACACCAGGCGGUUGCGAUUUCGCUAGUAAUCUUCAAGAUGCAUUGAAUGGCAGCCAGACUCUUGUUCUGCAGGGUAUGCCGCUUGACAAGCUUCACUUUGCCGGUGAGACUCAGAGAGAGCGUCAAGAUCUUGCUGGUAAUGCGAUGUCCACCACGGUUAUUGGAGCCUCCUUGAUUUCGGCAAUCAUCCAUGGGUACAAAGCAUUCCGAACGUCCCCUUCCCGGAACGCCCUGUCUCCUGGAUCGCAAACGAAGCCUCAAAUGCAAAAUCGUCUUGUUCAAUCUGGGGAAAUGGUUGAGCAUAAAUAUUGCCACAUAGAUCCUGAGGAGAUUGACAUUGCACAGUUUCUUGACGAGGCUAGAUACUCCUCCCGCCUGUGUGCCUGCGAGGGUACCCAACAAGUAUCCGAAGCAGACAUCAAACUCUGCUCGGGAUGCGGGCACACUGCUUGCGCCAUCUGCGCGUCGAAUCCAAGACACCAGUAUGUUGACAGUAUUCCGCGGCAUGUUCGAACGCGAAAUCCGGAUGGAUUCGUGCGAUCUUGGAAACCGCGCCUGCCUUCACGCUUAGAGCUUCAGAAAUUCCCUGAUCUGAACGAACGCCUCUCUCAGCUGCAACAAGAAGGAAACGAGAAUGAAGCUUACGUCAAGAGGAUAGUCGAAGUAGACAUGAACUCGCAAAACUUCAGCCUGAGCGAGUUUGUUCGAUGUGACAACGCUUGGAAGGUCGUGUACAUUGGGAAUGGUGCAAAAAUGGUGCUAUCUGUCAAAGACAAGGUCCAAUGGCUGCUCUUUGUGGACUGCAUGCCUGAAGAACCUGGCAAUUCCGAGUUGCGCAAAGCACUCGAGGCUCCAAUUGCUCGCGCCAUUGUUCAUGGCACAUUCUUGGACGCAGAGUGGGAAAUGUUUGUACCGUCUAAUCAGAAGCAUGCUAUGCAGCUGCAUGGAUCUGCAGAACGAUCGAAGUCCUGGAGAAAUCUGCUCGGCCUUCCAGACCACCAAGCCGAGACUAUACCCGCACGGAUUCACAUCGAAGGUGAUAACGAGGAGAUUAAUAUUAUUGCAGGCGACUACAUGCAUCUGCCUCAUUGCGGAACUGCUGAAGCAAGCUUGUACAAGAGGCUCACUGAGCCUGUGCUCUAUCUGUUCCUUGAUCCAGAUCCCAUCGGCGAGGUAAGAGAUGAUGGUUUCGUAAUCAGUGUCGAUUGUAGCAGGAAGCAAUGGGGCGAAUCGCGCAUGAUUGUAGCGCGACUGGAUCCGGCGUGGCGACCAUGUCACAUGCAAACCGUCAACGUUGUACGCACCGGCUCCUGGAUGACCAUAUCUACCAAAUUAGCAGCAUCGCCGCUGAACCCUACAGCAAGUGUGUUAAUGCCCGGAAGUCGUCUCGCCGGUCUUGGAGACUCAUGCACAGACGCGCUAUCCGUACUCGAUGCAUGGGUCCCGGAAGAGCUGCGGAUCGAAAAGUUUACGGACUUCUCUUGGGCUCUUGAGCAGCUCAAAACGGCCCCUUCAUUGGAAGUUUGGCAAGCAAUCGACGCUGGUAUACAAAGCAAUUGCGCAUGUGCACCAGCUUACCCCAACCUCAUGUGGAGCGUGGACAAUGCAGGAAAGGCCACACCACACGAAGAUCGGAAAGCUGCGGCUACGUUUGAGCGUGGUAUCAAAACUCGGUGCCCCAUCUUCCAUGUGCAGCCAGUGAUCAGCAAGAAGAAGACACGCAUUGAAGUUGGUGUCAACGUAGUCUCGCUGUCACAUCGUGCAAAGGGACGACUGAAUCGUUCCACGAACAAUGCCAAAUCAGUCAACAACAGUUGGAGGCUUAUCAGUGACCACACGGAUGCGGGUCCUGUACGACUCCCCAAGUUUCAUUUGCGUAGUAACGCGACUGAUGCCCUGUUCCGUGGACCACUGAGCCUCGAGUACGAGCUGCGUGGGGCACAACCUCGAUCUUUGACCUGGAUGCGCGCUCAAGAGAUCGGUGUUCCACUCACGAUUACCGAAGUCGAAGAAGCUGUGCAUCUCGGUCUCGGCUGGAGGGCGGAAGCUCGUGCUCAAACCACGAUCGAUGUCCGGGGUGGUGUCCUUGCAGACCUGCCAUCCUUCGGUAAAACGGUCACGACUAUUGCAUUGAUACAGAGCGAGUUUGAAGAAAUGUCGCCCGAAGCGAUAGUAGAUCAGAAUCGAUCUGCAUCGGAGCACUUGCCAGGACUUAUUGACACUGCUGCAACGCUUACUGUGUGUCCGCCACAUAUCGCUCUGCAAUGGCAGACAGAGCUACAGCUUUUUCUAGGCGAGGAGCAGUAUGAGAAGUUCAAUGUCUACGUGAUCAAGGAGUUCGCAGAUCUCAAGCGACUCACUGUCGACAAUCUACAGCAAAGUCGAGUGAUCGUUGUAUCCUGGACUGUCUUAGCUGGCGACGACUACAUUUCUGAGUUGGCAUGGGUAACAGCUAUGCCCGAGCCUAUCAACUCGAGUUGCUGUGCGUUCGACGCCUGGACGGACGGCGUGAGCAAAGACCUACCAGCUCAAGUCCUAAACCUCCAGACAAUGGACUUAUCUGACUUCAAGCAUGCAACCCAAACGCUUCUCGAGCAACGCUUGCGGCAGCCGGAGUUCCAGGCGACGUUGCCAGUGAAGUUACAACACGGCAGCAACUACCAGUCGUACGAGUCCAUGCAAGCUGCUGGUCAGGCAAAGGGCAGUAAAUCUAAGCCUUUUCAGAAGCGGAAAUCGUCGGGCUUGAACAGCAGUAUCGUACCUCUGUUGCAUCUGUUUCAGUUCAACCGUAUCGUGGUGGACGAGUACCACUAUCUCAAUGAUUAUAAGAAGAUCAAGAACAUGCUUACAGCAGUCAGCGUCAAGAAAAUCAGCGCGCACAAACGGUGGAUUCUUUCUGGAACCCCUGCUCUGGCAAACUUCACCGACAUCGACAACAUCGCGUCUUUCCUUGGCGUCCGUUUGGGUAGAUUCGCAGUGGGUGCUGGCAAACGGACUGCUUUGGAAGACUUUUUGGUUGAAGAUCAGACUGCCGUCGAGCGAUUCUUGUCCAAGACCGAGGCCAUGUCACAUCAAUGGCACCAAGCUCGACACGUGAGAGCCCAGGAAUUCUUGGACUUGUUUGUUCGACAGAAUGAGGCUUCGCUGGAGCACAUUCCUUGUCACGAGGAACUACGAGCUCUUGAACUGGAUGUCGCACACCACGCAGUAUACCUUGAACUUUCGAAGCAUCUUAUUUCCCAGCGCAUGCAAGUGAAGAAGCUCAAGAAUAAAGCUGAGUCCGACAGGACAAGUAGGCUGAACGCCAGCCUGAACCAUUCCAAGACUGCGGAAGAUGCCCUGCUGAAGGUGGCCUUGAUUGAUGACACCCGUGAGGGAGACAUGGGUCUGCAUAGCCUGGUAGCGAGACGAACAAGUCAACGUCGCGACAUUGAGAAAGGCAUCUCUGGGUUGAUGCGCGCUUUUGAAUGGCACAGGCGCACUGGCUUCAAAGACCUCAAGCCCACAGAUCCUAAGAAGGCAGAGAAAGAGGAGAACACGAUUCCGAAACUAUACGCUAGUUUCAAGAAAGAUAUCAAGAAGAGCGUUUGGCUCGGUGAUGGCGAUGCGACGAUGAUUGCAAGACGUCUGCUGGGCGCGGCUGAAGAUAAUCCUCUCGCUGGAGGGCUGACAGAGCUGAAAGGAAUGUCACAAGAGAAGCGCAUCAAGGAAGCCAAGACGAUCUUGUCGCGCUUGCGAGAGUCAUGUACAGAGCUUGCCUCACAGAGAAGGUCAGAGCGAUUCAUCGAAUCGGUUCAACAGCUUUUGCAGGCACUGUACGAUAGUGCACAAGGCCUCAUGUCCUGCGAUGCCGAGCACUGUCAAAAGACGGCCACGAUCUCAGAACUGUAUUUGGCCUCGCAAUGCGGUCAUAUCACCUGUAAGCCCUGCAUCAUGGCCCGCGGAGACGACGAGAACUGCGUCGUGCCUGAGUGUAGUUGUAUGGUUCAGGCCGUCAAUUUCAUCAAAGCCACGGAUCUCGGUACGACGACGACGGCAGUGGCUGGGCACAGCUUUGGACGGAAGAUGCACUCGAUUGUGGAACUGAUCAAAGGUUUCCCGGACGACGACCAAGCCCUCGUCUUUGCUCCUAACGACGAGAUGAUUGCGAUGCUGGGUGAAGCCCUUGAUCACUACGACAUCCUGUUUUACACCCCAAGCGGCUGUAAGUCUCGGCAGGCAGCCAAAAUCAUCGAGGAUUUCAAGAGCAGCGCGAUUGAGGCCGCAGAAGAUCGCCCCAAGGUUUUGCUGCUGAAUUUGGCCAGCGAAACCGCCGCAGGAGUCAACCUUACAAAUGCGAAUCACAUCAUCUUCGUCUCACCAUUGCUGGUCGAGAGUCAGUACAAGUACGACUCGGCAAUGACACAAGCGAUCGCCCGUAGCCGGCGUUACGGCCAGGAAAAGCAGGUGCAUAUCUACCACUUCGCCGCAUUACGUACCAUCGACGUCGAUAUCCUCGAGCAUCGAUCGAAGCGCACCAGCGGCAUCACAGAGGCGAAUUUGACUAUUCGAAUGCCGGUGAACCCUCUGGCAACGCGAGAGAAGACGAAGCUGGUCAGGAACAAGCAGGGCGCUAUGGCGCUGGUGCCCGUCUCGUGGCUUGCAGACGAGGACGUGCGAGAGAGACUGGGUGUUGAAGAGGAGCCGGAGCAGUUCACAUCACUGAUCAACUUCUCGGACACCUUUGAGGACGGCGAGGAAUGAAUAUUGUGGGAGCCUCGGAUUCUAUUGUCUUGCAUAGCGCGGAGCUGACUAGCAUUAAGUGGCGAUUGUUUGCAUAGCCGGGUCAUGGAUGACGAUACACUUCGCUGCAUUCUCCCGCCUCAAUCCUGUAGAAUAGCUUUAUACCCGACACGCGACGUCAUGUUCUCACCGUGCGUAAUCCCAACACACACACAUACCACUCAUGUGAACACCUGCAUCCCCCCUAUGCACCCCGCCCUUGUCACGAUAACCACGCCCUCCAACCGCAUCAUCCCCCCCCACAACA